UUUAUUAUAAAUGUGUUACUUGAUGUGGUCUCAACACAAAUAUUAUGCCUGGGAUUCCACAACUGCAGCCAUCGUAUUUGCAUGUGGGUAAUGCGGUCUGCCUAACUUUCAUUAUUAAUAAGUAUUUGCCACUAUGGCUGAUUACAUUACUAGCAUGUGUUUCCACAUUAUCAACACAAAAAUUGACUGUCGAACGACAAUCUCUUGACGAAAGUGACGAUGGAGAUACUGUUUUGCAUAUUGGUGGCAUAUUUCCAAUCGCUGGCGAGGGCGGUUGGCAAGGUGGCCAAGCAUGUAUGCCCGCUGCAAAUUUAGCUCUAAUCGAUGUCAACAAACGACCAGACUUGUUGCCCGGGUUCACACUCAAAUUGCAUAGUAAUGAUAGUGAGUGUGAACCAGGACUCGGUGCCAGUGUUAUGUACAAUUUAUUGUACAAUCAGCCACAGAAGUUAAUGCUGUUAGCGGGAUGUAGUACUGUUUGUACAACUGUGGCCGAGGCUGCCAAAAUGUGGAAUUUAGUUGUGCUAUGUUAUGGAGCUAGUUCACCAGCAUUAUCUGAUCGAAAUCGAUUUCCAACAUUAUUUCGAACACAUCCAUCGGCAACCGUACAUAAUCCAACACGUAUUAAAUUAAUGCAAAAAUUCGGCUGGUCCCGAAUUGCAAUUCUCCAACAGGCUGAAGAAGUUUUUAUAUCUACUGUUGAAGAUUUGGAAGUACGUUGUAAAGAAGCAAGUAUUGAAAUUGUAACACGACAAUCAUUUUUGUCCGAUCCAACGGAUGCUGUACGAAAUUUAUGGCGACAGGAUGCACGAGUUAUUGUUGGUUUAUUUUAUGUUGUGGCCGCACGUCGAGUUCUCUGUGAAAUGUAUCGGAAUGAAUUGUAUGGGAAAUCUUAUGUCUGGUUUUUUAUUGGUUGGUAUGAAGAUGAUUGGUUUGAAAUAAAUUUAGAAAAAGAAGGUAUAAAAUGUACAAAAGAUGAGAUGCGUCGUGCAGCCGAAGGACAUAUUACAACCGAAGCAUUAAUGUGGAAUCAAAAUCAUGAACCAACAAUAUCGGGAAUGACAUCCGAUGAUUUUCGGGAUCGUUUGAAUAGUGUGCUGAAGCAAGAGGGUUAUGACAUCGAUAAUAAACGUUAUCCAGAAGGGUAUCAAGAAGCGCCAUUAGCUUACGAUGCUGUCUGGUCUGUCGCUUUAGCAUUUAAUAAAACUAUGGAACGUUUACAAAAACAGGGACGAAGUUUAAAAAACUUUACAUACACCGAUAAAGAAACAGCUGAUGAAAUUUAUUCUGCAAUCAAUUCUACACAAUUUUUAGGCGUUUCGGGUCAAGUCGCGUUCAGUUCACAGGGAGAUCGUAUAGCACUUACACAAGUUGAACAAUUAUUAGAAGGGCAUUAUGUUACAUUAGGAUAUUACGACACACAACGGGAUAAUUUAACAUGGCAUAAUCGGGAACGAUGGAGUGGUGGUAAAGUACCACAAGAUCGUACAAUUGUAAAACGAGAACUACGCACAGUGUCUUUAUCGUUAUUUGUAUGUAUGGGGAUUAUUUCAACAGGUGGAAUUUUUGUAGCCAUUGGAUUAAUUGUCUUUAAUAUUUGGAAUAAUCAUCGCAGAGUAAUACAAUCGUCACAUCCCGUAUGCAAUACAAUCAUGUUAUUCGGUGUUAUCGUAUGUUUGGUCAGUGUAUUCAUCUUAGGCCUGGAUGGACGAUUUAUUUCAUCCAGUUCGUUUCCAUUCUUAUGUCAAGUGCGUGCAUGGAUGCUAUCCAUUGGUUUCACGUUGGCCUACGGUGCAAUGUUUAGUAAAGUAUGGCGUGUACAUCGUUUAACAACCAAAUCAAAAGCGGAUCCAAAGAAAAAAGUUGAACCAUGGAAAUUAUAUUCAAUGGUGACCGGUUUAUUAGUUGUGGAUGUUGUUUUGUUAUUGGCAUGGCAGUUACAUGAUCCAUUACAACGGCGUGUUGAAGUGUUCCCAUUGGAAGCGCCACCCUCUGUUGCAGAUGAUGUUAAAAUUCGACCAGAAUUGGAACAUUGUGAAAGUCAUCAUAACACAGUUUGGCUUGGUGUGAUAUAUGGUUACAAAGGUUUAGUCCUUGUGUUUGGUUUAUUUUUGGCAUAUGAAACACGUUCGAUAAAAGUAAAACAGAUCAAUGAUUCCCGUUACGUUGGCAUGAGUAUUUAUAACGUUGUCGUUCUAUGUUUGAUCACAUGUCCAGUGACCAUGGUCAUUGCAUCCCAACAAGAUGCAAGCUAUGCAUUUGUGGCAUUGGCAAUUAUAUUCUGUUGUUUUUUAAGUAUGGCACUAAUAUUUGUACCAAAGGUAAUUGAAGUAAUUCGUCAUCCAAAAGAUAAGGCUGAAAGUAAAUACAAUCCAGAUGUUGGUGUGUCCAAGGAAGAUGAAGAACGUUAUCAAAAGUUAUUAGUCGAAAACGAAGAAUUGCAAAAAUUAAUCUCUGUGAAAGAAGAAAAAAUUCGAUUAUUAAAAAUGCGUUUAGCUGAACGUGAUGCAAUGAAAAUGUCAAGCGGUGGUGUGAUAACAUCUACAAGUGGUUCAGUUGGUGUGGUGGGUGGAACAACAACAAUAACAACGGGUGGCACCCAGAUAAUGACACAAGAUGUCCAAGACGAGCAGAUCUAAAUUAUCCCGUUGAUUGAUAAUCUUUUGGAUAAAUAGAUGUGCUGAAAGAAAGGAUCUCACCAUGUUUCAACAUCUAUUUUACCAAAACAAACAAAUAUUUGUUCUUAGUUUAAAAUUCUUUUACAAGGUUAAAACUGUUAGUUAAAAUUUUUUUAACUUUAUUUUGAUUAUUUCUAUGGCGAAAACAUUUGAGGAUGAAUUUCAGUGAGUAAACACAUAAAUUUUAAAUGUUGUAGUAUUUUUUGAGUAUGCCUCGAAUCUUUUUGAUGUUAAAAAAUGUUAUCCAAACUCAAAUGUUAAGUUCGAUUUCUUC